AUGCCGCCACGCGGGAGCGAAGGCUAUGACUUUACGCCGAUACUUACCCACUACCUCUUCUUGUUCACGACCAUCCUUGCAGUGAUAGGAUGGUUCGUAGCCUUCAUUGGCCAGGCCGUGGCCACCGCGCAGAUCGGUAACGGCUCCGUCGGCGUGCUGUGGUUCGCCAUAUUCGUCCAGCUCAUCCUCAUCUUCGGCGUCCUGCACACACUUGCUACCGACUCCAUCGCCAUGCACCGCUUCCAAAUUUCGACCUUUGGCUCGAUCGCCAUCGUCUUCGCCGUCGUUGGUGUCAACCAAGGCAUCUUCUCCGGCGCAGCCUCCCUCGAUGCUAUGGCCGCUGGUUGGCUCAUCCUUGCCAUGGUCGACAUCCUCUGGGUGCUCUACUUCACCUCCGAAGAAGACUCGCUCAUGCUCCAUGUCUUCAACUCCCUCGGGACGGGUGGGCUCACCCCACCUUCGCGUCGCCGCCGCGCGACACGCACCACGUCCAUGAUGAACAUGGGUGCUAACGGCUAUACUGCGGGCUACUCUACCGGUGGCAUUGGGCCCAUGUACGAUACCAAGAUGGGCGGGAGCAUGACGGGUCCCAUCGGCAACACAGGCAGCUUCCGUGGCGGUAGCGCCGAGAACGGCGCUGCGAGGAGUCUUGGUACAGGCAGCGUGAACAAUUUGGGGAACGGUGGUGGCCCCGGGUCGAUUGGCGGGGGCGACGGGAGCAUAGGCCCCGCGUCACCGUUGAUGGGCAGUGGCGCGGCGGGCAUCGGGGCGGGCGGCGGCGGACCUGUGGCACCUACGACGCCUGGGUCUACAGGUGGAGACACCGGCUUGACAAGCCCAGAGGGGCACCAGUACCGCGCGAAGGCGCUUUACAACUACACCGCAUCUACUGACGAUCCAAACGAAAUAUCGUUUGCAAAGGGCGACAUCCUCGAGAUUCUGGACAAGAACGGAAAGUGGUGGCAGGCGCGGAAAGCGGACGGAUCGGUUGGAAUCGCGCCGUCGAAUUAUCUCCAAAUCGUCUGAAAGCUGCUGCGCACGCUUUGCUUCCCCCAGUCCCAUCUAUGUCACGAGAAGUCACGAACAUUGCCCCCUGCACAUACAUGCACCCGCGCCGUGUACGUAGCUGCUUGCCCUUCCUCUUCUGCGCUCCCCCUGCUGUUGUCGUUAGCUAUAUCUAUCCCUUCUGCUCGUUUGGUUCUACUCUUUUGCUCGGACCGGCUCCCGCUGUGUGCUCUAGUCAGUAUCCCCUCCGGAUUGAAUACAUAAUCGGCAUUCUCUCG